GCCUUACUAUUUACUUCCUGUGUGAAAGGUCAAAUUUGUCCUUGGAGGAUCCUCUGGUUUCUAAAGAAGCUUCUUUUCAUUUUUUCUUUAAUAGAAAUUGCUGAAACCACGUGACUGAUCGUAAGUCAUCAGUGUCAAAUAUGUCGUCUGAUAAACCGAUUGGACCUGCUUUACCUCCGAUGUUCAUACAGGAGGAGAGCGAGGAAGACUCUGAUAAUGAUGAAGGAUUCUCUGGGCCUGCUUUGCCUCCCGGCUAUAAACGGGGAGAGCCGUCGAGCUCCUCGGAUGACAGUGAACAGGAGGUGGCGGUCAAAAGAGCAAAAACAGGACACACAGCGGCAGAAACAUCUGCAGAAAAGGUGGAGAACUCAAAGGUUCAAGAACAAGAUGAUGAUGGUUUCUUUGGACCGGCCCUACCACCAGGAUUCAGGAAACAACAGAGUUCACCAGAAAGGCCAUCUGUGCUUGGACCAGCUUUGCCUCCUGGGUUUCGUAGAGCAGCAUAUAAAGAUGAUGAUGAAGAUGAUAAUGAUGGUGAAGAUGGAGAGGAUUUUCCAGGGCCUGCACUACCACCUGGCUACCAGGCUGAGUCCUCCAGCAGCGAGGGAGAGGAUGAGGUGAUUGGACCCAUGCCACCCAAAGGGCCUAUUGAUAACUCUGUGGCUCUGGACUUUGAGCGCAGAGCUCAAAGGAUGAAAGACAAGCUGACAGGAGAUGACACGCCUGAAGUGGUGGCCAGAGAAACCUGGAUGACAGUGCUCCCACCAGAACUGCAGCACAUUGGUUUGGGAGCUCGAACCUUCAAGAAGAGGUCGGGUCCGGAGAACAAGGAUCGCUCCAUGUGGACAGAUACACCAGAAGACAGGGAGCGCAAGAUCAGGGAACACCUUGAGGGAAAGAAAAAGGGAGAGCCGGAGAAAGACGAUGCCCCACAAAUCCCGAAGAAGGACGUGACAAUGGCAGAGAAAGUGUCAAAGUAUAACGAGACUAAACGUGCCGAGUCUCUGGUGAAUAUGCACACAAAGACGAUGAAGGAAAAAGCAAAGAAUAAGGUUGAAAAACCAGUUGAGAGGAGAGCGUUCGAUCGAGAUGAAGACCUGCAGGUGAAUCGUUUUGAUGAAGCGCAGAAGCAGCGGCUGCUGAAGAAAUCUCAGGAACUGAACACACGAUUCUCACACAGCAAGGACCGAAUGUUCCUGUAACAAAAUGUUAGAAUUAUGUUUGAACGGACAGACUUCCAGUCUGGCCUGGGAAACUUUCAUACAGGUUUUGUACUAUAUCAACUUUGUUUGUACUGAUACUCAUGUGUUACACAAUUGGAGAAUUUAAUUUGACUAUACAGACUAUAAAGACAAGGCAGACAUGUCCAUUUAAGGGAUAUUGUGUUACUGACUGGACGCAAUGCUACAGUAAAUGUUUCAAACUGAUAUUAUGUAAUGACAUCAGUUGAUGUUAUAACGCAGCAGCCAGUGGAGCUUGCUUUUUUUCAGGAGACACUGUAUUUGGGCUGAUGAUAUGGAAGUAAAUACUCAAAUAAAUUACAUAUUUUUCAUA